AUGAAGCUCGUCCGCUUUUUAAUGAAAUGUGCCAAUGAAACGGUCACCGUUGAGCUCAAGAACGGCACAAUCCUUCAUGGCACUAUCAUGUCCGUCUCCCCGCAGAUGAACACCUCUCUCCGCACCGUCAAGAUGACUCCUAAGGGCCGUGACCCUAUCUCGCUCGACACAAUCAACAUCCGCGGCUCCACAAUCCGCUACUACAUCCUACCCGACAGCUUGCCCCUCGACACCCUACUUGUGGAUGAUGCGCCCAAGCCUAAGAACAAGGCGCGCAAGGAGACAGACCGUGGUCGUGGCCGUGGUGGACCGCGAGGCGGCAGGGGCCGUGGAGGUGGCCGUGGUCGCGGCCGCGGGCGUGGCUUCUAG